AUGAGGGUAUAUGGAGUUGCCAGAGCGCAGAGCAGCGCAUUGCGAUCGCUCGAGGUUGCUUCGCGCAAUGCUUGCCGCAGAAACUACUCUGUUUCGCGCUGGGCCUCGCCCGCUCUGUUGCGCUCCCAGACUGCUGCCACGACCGAGAGAUCGAUGGCAUGGCAGCCCAGGAGACUGCAGAGCGGUACUGCCGCUGCUGUCCUCGAUCACGCCAUGCAGGACCCCAGCUCGCUCUCGCAAACCGACAUCGUCAACAACCUGAACCCCAAGGAGGCCGCCCGUCUGGACAAGCUGAGAAACAUCGGUAUCGCUGCCCAUAUUGACAGUGGAAAGACAACCGCUACCGAGCGCGUUCUGUACUACACUGGUCGUAUCAAGUCCAUCCACGAAGUCCGUGGUAAGGACUCUGUUGGUGCCAAGAUGGACAGUAUGGACCUGGAGCGUGAGAAGGGUAUCACCAUUCAGUCGGCUGCCACCUUCUGUGACUGGAUGAAGGUCGACCGCGAGAACGGCACCGAGGAGAAAUACCACAUCAACUUGAUCGAUACCCCUGGCCAUAUUGAUUUCACCAUCGAGGUCGAGCGUGCCCUGCGUGUCCUUGACGGUGCUGUCAUGAUUCUGUGUGCCGUUAGUGGUGUUCAGUCUCAGACCCAGACCGUCGACCGUCAAAUGCGCCGCUACAACGUUCCUCGUAUCUCCUUCAUCAACAAGAUGGACCGCAUGGGUGCCAACCCCUUCCGCGUCUGCGACAUGAUCAACAAGAAGCUUCGUAUUCCUGCCGCCAUGAUCCAGGUCCCCAUUGGCGCUGAGGACGACUUCAGAGGUGUUGUCGACAUCAUUCGCAUGAAGGCCAUCUACAACCAGGGCGACAAGGGAGAAACCAUCGUCGAAUCGGAUGAAAUCCCUGCUGAGGUGAAGCAGGUCGCUGAGGAGAGACGCGCAAUGCUCAUCGAGACUCUUGCCGAUGUCGACGACGAGAUUGCUGAGAUGUUCCUUGACGAGCAGGAGCCUAGCAUUCCUCAGAUCAAGGCUGCCAUCAGACGUGCCACCAUCUCUCUCAAGUUCUCUCCUGUCAUGAUGGGUUCCGCUCUUGCCGACAAGUCUGUGCAGCCCAUGCUCGACGCUGUCUGCGACUAUCUCCCCAACCCCUCUGAGGUCGAGAACAUCGCUCUUGACAAGAGACGCAAGGAGGCUCCCGUCAAGAUGGUUUCCUACCAAGAAUUGCCUUUCGUCGGUCUUGCCUUCAAGCUUGAAGAGAGCAACUUCGGUCAACUUACCUACAUCCGUGUCUACCAAGGAACUAUCAGAAAGGGACAAGUCGUCUACAACGCUCGUACCGACAAGAAGGUCAAGAUUCCCAGAAUCGUGCGCAUGCACUCCAACGAGAUGGAGGAAGUCAACGAGAUCCACGCUGGUGAAAUUUGUGCUGUGUUCGGUGUUGACUGCGCCUCUGGUGACACCUUCACUGACGGUACUCUCGGCUACACCAUGACCUCCAUGUUUGUUCCCGAUGCCGUUAUCUCGCUCUCCAUCAAGCCCAAGCAGACCAAGGAUACCCCCAACUUCAGCAAGGCCAUGUCGCGUUUCCAACGUGAGGACCCUACUUUCCGUGUCCACGUCGACACCGAGUCCCAGGAGACCAUCAUCUCCGGUAUGGGUGAAUUGCAUCUUGACAUCUAUGUCGAGCGUAUGCGCCGUGAAUACAACGUCGACUGCAUUGUCGGUCAGCCUCAAGUUGCCUACCGUGAGACCAUCCAAUCGCGCGUUCCCUUCGACCACAUUCUCAAGAAGCAGACUGGUGGUGCUGGUGAUUACGCUCGUGUCGUUGGAUGGAUGGAGCCCACUGGUCAAAUCUCCGACAACCACUUCGAGCAGCAGAUUACUGGUGGAACCAUCAGUGAAAAGUAUUUGCUUGCUUGCGAAAAGGGUUUCUACGCAUCUUGCGAGAAGGGUCCUCUGCUUGGCCACCGCGUCUUGGGUGCCAGCAUGGUCAUCAACGAUGGUGCUACCCACAUGACUGAUUCGUCCGAAAUGUCUUUCCGUAACGCCACCCAACAAGCCUUCCGCAAGGCCUUCCUUGCCGCCCAACCCCAGGUCCUCGAGCCCCUGAUGAAGACCACCAUCACCGCACCCAACGAGUUCCAGGGUAACAUUGUCGGUCUGCUCAACAAGCGCAACGCCGUCAUCUCCGAUACCGAGAUUGGCCCUGAGGACUUCACUCUCUACGCCGACUGCAGUUUGAACUCUAUGUUUGGUUUCUCCACCCAACUCAGAGCUGCUACCCAGGGUAAGGGCGAGUUCUCGAUGGAGUUUAGCCAUUACUCGCCUGCACCCAUGCAGCUGCAGAAGGAGCUCAUUGCCAAGCACGAAAAGUACCAGGCCGAGAGAAACAAGAAAUAG